GCAGUUUUGAAAUUGUUUUGUUUUGACAGCUACCGCCAAUUUACAAAUUUAUAGGAAAAAGAACAAUUUGUAAUGUCAAGAGAAUAAAGCUAUAAAUUUGUUGUAUUUGUUAUAACUAAAUUCGUCUAUAGUUCAUUUUCGUAUACCUUUACAUAAGAUAUGGAGUCGCCGAAACCAGAUUUAGUAGCUAUAUAUCGGUUGGAGUUUUAUAAGAAGAAGAAAAACUGGAAACUAUCGGAUGCGAAGAAAUAUAAACGUGAUAAAAUAUCAAAUCUCAAGAAGCUUUUGAACCAGACUUAUGAUGUGGAUGAACCUAAAGUAGAAUUUUCUCAGCUAAAUAAUGCAUUUCUUGAUACAGAACCUGAUAACAGUGUAACUACUAAUAUGCAACUUGUAAAUAUAUCAAAAGAUAUUGAAAACGCCAACCAUGUCUCAAAUUUAGCUACAGAUAUUCAAGAAAUUAAGCAAAUAAAAGAUAAUACGGUUGAAUUGGUAGAAUUACCGGAAAUAUCAUCUUUGGAUGGACGGAUAGAAGUUGUACAGAACUAUUUAGAUCCGCAAACAGAGGAUUUACAAAACAAUUCAAAUAAUUAUAGAUAUCUGGAGGAUGAUAAAUAUUGGCAAGAUCAUAAUGGAAAUUGGAGAAUAGUACCUGACUUUGGACAGUAUUAUCCUAAUGAUCUGUCACAAGUUAACAAUGGUUUAGACUGUGGAGAUAAUGCAGCAAAUACACUCGACUGGCGACAGAGAGAAGAUCCCUUUUGGGUGCCUACUGAUGAUCUACAUUGGCUGUCUAAUAAUUUAUAUUCGUACGGUGGAGUUGAGGCGGACAACUUUGAGAUGCAAAGCAGUAACAACUCAGUGGACAGCUGGGGCGAGUUUGUGAGAGGGGCGGACGUAGCGCCACACUCAUCAGAGAUCGAGCUGACAUUGCCCAAAUCGUUAAAUGAGGCGGACGUGAGCGCCAACUCGCUGGCGUGCCUGUCUUCGGCUCAGCUGCGCGCGGCGGUGCAGGCUCACACCAACUUGCUGCGCAGUCUGCUCAACGAGGAGAACCAGCGAAAACGUAUUCGUUCGUGUCUAUCAUUAACCAACCCAACAUUAUACGGAGGGGAUGGUGUAAUCUUCUCUCCGAGAGCUGUCACCGAGGCAAGCAGUUAUGAUGAGCAACCGACACACGAUUACGAUACAUCCUGUCAUCGUGCUGAUGAAUUAACCAGAGAGAAAACAUUUAUAAAAACUUUCGAUGAUAUAUUUCUUGCUGGUUCAUAUAAAAGUGAAAUACAAGAUUCAGGACGAGGUCGUGGUAGAUUACAAAAAAGUGAUUUUCAAAUUAAUUUACAAAGACCUAUCGGAGUUGGUAGAGGUAGGCCGUGUAAAUUUUAAUAAGAGAAAAAAAUAAUUUUUCUGUUUGCGAAACUGUUUCCUAUUUGCUAUUUUGUACCUGAUAAAAGCAAGAGUCUCGUUGAAUUUAUUCACAUUCAUGUGGGUUUUGACUGCUGAUAUUGGCAUAUAUUGCCAUCCCUUACAUUAUCUUAAAAAAGACAGAGACAAAAAUAUUUGUUAGUUCAAUUCACAGCAAUCAAAACCCACAAGAUUUCUAAAGAGAUCUCUUGAUAUUUAUAGUAAAAAAUACUGGUAAUUUUCAAAUUACUGUUUAAAGUUUAAAUGCACGUUCCUUAUAAUUACUAAUUUCAUAUAUUUUGUUUUGUAAUGCCAAAUUUUUAAGUACCAAGAAGUACAUUUUUUGUUUCAAACGUUAAGUAUCAAAAUGUAUCGGGUAAACUGCAUGUAUUGAUUACCUUUCUAGAUGAAUGUUACUCAACUUAUAUGAUUACUCGUGAUUUAUAUUAACAAAUUGUUAAAAGUUCCUAGUUUCUAGGCACAUAGAAAUUGAGUUACUUACGUUGCCAUGUUAUUUUUAAGGCAUUAAUUUUUUUUGUUACAAAAUUAUAUAUAAAACUCUUUUCUUA